AUGAGGGCGGCCAUUCUGUUGGUUCUUUUUGGGUUCUGCUGCCGUUCUGCCCAGAGUGAUGCUGAGACUUGCAGUAAGAGGCCCCUCUUUAAUGACAUGGGCCCUCCCACGAUCAUCGGGAGGCAGCCCGCCAAGCCAGGCGCUUGGCCUUGGCAGAUCAGCUUCCAGUGGAACAAUUUCCACACGUGUGGAGCCACCAUCAUCUCAAAAGCAUGGGUCCUCACAACGACCACCUGUUUUCGGCGUAGCUCCUGCCUGGAGGCCUGGAGGCUCGUCGCAGGCAUAACAGAUACGAAUGCCAAAGAAGAGAACAGUCAGAUUGUGAAGGUGAAGAAAACCAUAUUUCACUCGGAGCCCUGGAAUAACGACAUAGUGCUGCUGCAGAUAUGGCCGCCGUUUAACUUCACGGACUACGUGCAGCCCAUCUGCAUGCUUGAGAACGAGGAGCUGGAGUUCAGUUUCACUCAUUGCUACAUCAGCGGAUGGGGAAUCCGUGACGAAAGUGUAGACACCUUCCCACACAGACUACAGGAAGCCCAAGUGGAGCUGAUCAAUUCAUUCACUUGCAACCAGUCAGACUGGAAUAAUGGAAGCGUCACGUUCGAAAUGCUGUGUGCUGGAAAAAAAGAAGGCAAAAUUGGCAGCUGCGGGAGGGACGAAGGAGGACCACUGCAGUGCUACCACGAGAAGGAGAACAAAUUCUACCUGCUGGGGCUCACCAGCGGCGGCAUCGGCUGUGCCAAGCCAAAGCAGCCAGCCUUGUACACCCGCAUCAGCAAGUUUUACAAGUGGAUAAUGGACAGCCAGCAAACAUACCGAGUCAAAGAAGACGAGUGCGAAAUUCAGUUCUUUCCAGAAUCGUGA